AAUAAUCUUGAAUAUUCCCAAUUACCAAUAUUCGCACCAACAUUAUAACUACUAGAUACACAUAAUAUCAGUUUGUAUUGAGAGAGCAAACAUGGCGCACACAGACGUUUCCUUGACGAACUUGUUGAACAAAAUCGCUGAAGAACAAAAUUACAAGAACCCUGAUAUCACCAUCAAUGAAAUAUCAAGUGGCGGAGCAAACUACACCUCUAAACUAUUCACAGUGGUACUACGAGCACAGAAUAAAGAAGAUCUUCAUUUAUUUGCUAAAGUCGCAGUGAUGAGUGAAAAAAUGCGCACUGAAGCAUCUGAAAGCAACACACCUAUAAACAUUUUUGACACUGAACGAUUUGCCUACACGAAACUAUGGAAGAUUUAUUCAGCCUUAGAAGACAAGAACGGAGUACCUGAAGAGCACAGACUGUUGUACACCAAGUGCUACGGGUUUGAUGAGACGGUGUAUCAAGAGAAACUGGUGCUGGAGAACUUGCUGACGCAGGGCUACGGACCCUUCGACAGGUUCAAGUCAGUGGACUGGGCGUACGCAUCUGCCGCAAUUUCAGAAUGUGCCAAAUUACAUGCACUUUCGUUCGCGUUCAGGAAAGAAAAUCCAGAUGAGUUUCAAAAGUUUUUGGAUAUGACAAAAAUGGAUUGGGCUGAUAUGAAAAUGGGCCCUACAUUGGAUAACUGUGUUAAAUCGGCAUUGAAAUUAAUAAAACCACAGAACAAGCAAGCAUUCGAGAACAUGUUGAAAAAUCCACUUGACAUGAUGGUGAAGUUGUACACUCCUGUUCGUACUAAUGCCAUUAUCCAUGGAGACUUCAGGGGCAACAACCUGUUGCACAGAGUGCGCGAGGAUGGCAAACUAGAUAUAAAGGUGUUGGACCUCCAGACCCUGCAGGCUGGCAGCCCGGCCACAGACCUCGUCUACUUCAUCAUCGCAGGUACCGACGAGCAGUUCCGUGCCCAGUACUAUGACAAGCUGAUCGAGCACUACUACUCAGAGCUCAGCGCUUCCCUGAGGAGGCUGCACCUCAACCCUCACGAAGUGUACUCCCGGGAGGACUUUGAUUAUGAACUAAAAGAGAAACUACCGUAUGGACUGGUUCUUGCUACGUUUCACUUAGCCGUCGUGUUGGUGGAUGAAGAGAAGGCGCCUCAAGUUGACGAGAACCUGCGGGUAGACUCCUUCAACGUUGAAAAUAACAGCGAUUUGUAUAGCGAGAGGCUCAAUGGAAUCGUCAAUGAUUAUGUCAAGUGGGGAAUCCUGAAGUAAACCGUGAAGACUUGGGCGAUUUGAUGGAAGUAUAUUAUGUGAAUUGUAUUGAUAAGAUAAUUAAGUACGUCAUUGUAUUAUUAUUUAUUCAGUUUUAAAUUAACUAACUACACCUGAACGUAGCACCUCCUUUACCUCCCCUACCGUUGAAAUUGUGUGCCAGAUAAUUAAGUUUUAAUUGUGAUUCUUGCAUAGUAGACUGUUGUUUUGACCCUCAGUCUCGCAAAGUGGUAUUGUAUUGCUCAUAGGCAUGUAUGUAUGUAUGUGUUGAGGAAGUUCGAUGGGCAGUCACUAUAAAAUUGGUACCCAGCUGCAUUCAGUUAGACUAGGAGCCAACAAGGUUGGGUAGAAGAUAACAAAAAGAUGAAGAAUCAUUUAUUUAUUUAUACAAAUAAUAUAAAAUAAUUUAAGAAAAUGCUUUGAUAAAACAGGUACAUAGUUUACUCUAUACAUUCUCGAAGUUGUCAUGUUCGUCAUAUGCAAUCCUCAUUUAUUUCCGCGUCUCGAGGAUGUAGUAGCACAUCGAAAUAGACGUGAUAAUAGCAAACUCUGUCUUCAUCCGUGUAAAACUGCACUUAUGCGCAGAAGUAUAUUUUGUAUGGCACCUAUCGUGUAUAACAAAUUGCAAGAUCUGGAGAGAACUCAAUACCAAAGCUCUGAAACGCCGGCUCAAAUUAUUUUUAGUACAAAGAGAAAUACUAUAAUAUUAAAGAGUUUCUCGAUGAAAAAAUAUUAGAUUUUAAGUAGAAAAUGUUUAUAGUAUUCGUGUAUUAAUGUUUUAGUUUAUAAUUAAUUUUGCAAAUAUUUGCAUGCCAUGGCAAAUGGCAAAUAUGUUUUUAAGCACAUAUUUAAUUGUACCAUCUUACAUACAUGCACCUGCGUGUGUAUGUAUGUAUACACAUGUUUAUGGCAAAUAAAUUAUUCUAUUCUAUUCUAUUCUAUUCUUCCCAUAAAUUGUAUCGUGGACACAAAAAGCUUUGCUGUAAGAAACCCCAAUUCUGGGUUAAGUUUGCCCUUGUACAUCGUCUCCUCGAAAAUGUUUAUGUAUUUACGAAUAGUAUGUGCAAUACAGGAUAAAUGAUGUAUGCUUAAAACCAAAAAUAUGUUAGAGCUACUAAAAACUUGUGUAAAUAUGUACGGUGUUAUGAAGAACCCGAAAUCGUUCAGAUUUUAAAAACAAAUAAAUUAUACCUAAGUUGCCUA